AUGAUCUUGGCUGUAGCCGAUCAGCAUGCGAUCUCCCUUGGCCCGAAGCCUCCCACGGAGUUACGCGAAAACAUUCGGCGGAUGGCAUGCAGUUUAUUGGCUUGUGGUGUAGACCCAUCUAGAACGUUGCUGUUCCGUCAGAGCGACGUCCCACAGAUCUCACAACUUUCUUGGAUUCUUGGGUCUUUACAAACAGUCGCUCAACUGCAGCGGUUGCCACAAUACAAAGAGAAAGCGGUCAAGUUCCCUCGUGGCGAUGUACCUGUUGGGCUUCUUACCUAUCCAGUCCUUCAAUCAGCUGAUGUCCUAAUGUUCAAGGCAACUCAUGUACCGGUCGGGGCUGAUCAAGCUCAACAUAUGAACCUUUUGGCUGAUUUAUCUGACCACUUCAAUAUGUUCUAUAAAACUUCGCUUUUCCCACGACCAAAGCAGAUCAAUGAUUCAGCCGAAGAAAUUGAAGAGAAAUGCCGAAAAGCUGUCAGUGAUUUCGAAUCACGACUCUCGUACAAUCGUGACACACGACCUGCCAUAAGCAAUUUGAUUGAUCUCUACUGUGCCGUAACAGGCGCUAACAUCUCAACUGUAGUAGAAAGCGGUUGGGAUCAACUAGAAUUGAAAAAGCAGCUGUCGCGAGCUGUUGCCGAGCGCUUCUUACCGAUCAGGGAGAAGUUCCUGACAUUGGAGAAAGGACAGGAGGUGGAUGGGAUCCUUUUCGAAAACGGAAAAAAGGCACGAUCAAUAGCCGAACAGAAUAUGGAUGAAAUUCAUCGGAUUGUCGGUUUCUCAUAG